AUGGCUAUCACUGAAAACAUUAUCGUUUCCAAGUCUCUUCCGACUAUUCACCUCGAUCUUCUUCGAUCUGAGGACGUCCAGGAGAGCAGGAACUUGCUUGACGCUUGCCGAAGCCAUGGUUUCUUCUACCUUGAUUUGACCAGCGAUGCUGAGCUUUGCCAACUUUGGAAAGACAUGCUCGCAAACAUGGCGCAGUACUUCAAGCAGCCCCUUGAUGUCAAGAUGCAAGAUGCUCGUGGCAGCGACAACUUUGGCUACGAGCCCAUGGGCACUGAAGAGGGUCCCAACCCCAAGACAAGAGAUGGAUACGAAUCCCUCAAGUUCUCCCGCCGAGAGUUCCUCAAGGGAUCAUCUGACCUGACCACCUCGGUCCGCUCCAAGGAAGACUGCUUCUUCUCUUUCAUCAACCAGUCUCACAACAUCACCCUGAUGAUUCUCUCGCGCCUCUCUACCGAGCUGGGUCUUACCGGCACCUCGCGCUUUGAGGCUCACCACGCGGACCCUGGUCCGUCUCUGUCGACCCUCGGUCUCCUGCGCUACCCCAAACACGACAAGAAGACUGACGUCACCAACGUUGGCCACAACAAGCACACCGACGUCGGCUCCCUCACCUUCCUGCUAGCCGCGCAGUGGGGUCUUCAGUACCUCUCGCUGACGAGCAAGCGCUGGGAGUUCAUUGAGCCCCGCCCCGGCCACGCCAUCAUCAACGUCGGCGACAGCCUGCGUUUCCUGUCGGGUGGAGAGCUCGCUAGCGUCGUGCACCGCGUCGUCCCCCUCAAGAAGACGCAGGAAGAGGACCGCUACAGCAUUGCGUAUUUCCUGCGCAUGAACGACGGCGGCAUCUUCAGCGACACAACCGGCAAGGCCUGGACGGCGACCGAGUGGCACGACUUCAAAUUUGGUGUCUUCAAGAACCCGAGUGUCUUGGACGCAAAGGGCAAGUUCCUCACUGGUAUGAUGAUUGAGGAUAGCGAGAAGUUCCUCAGGGGCGAGGGUCAGGUUGCUGUCCCCGCAUAG